CUCGUACCAUCACCAACUAAUAACCACAAAAGAUUUUACUUUUCUUCUAAGUACUCCGUAAACCGUUACAUAUAUGCAUGAGGAUCUGUUCCGGAUGCAGAGCUAAUUAAAGAAGCACGCAACAGUCCUGCAAGAGCAAGAGCUCAUCAGAGAGAGAGGUAAAAAAACGCGCGCGGGAGGCGAUGGAGGGAGGCGGGAGCGCGGCGAAAGGGCCGGUGGUGGUGACGGGGGCGUCGGGCUUCGUCGGCUCCUGGCUCGUCAUGAAGCUCCUCCAGGCCGGCUACACCGUCCGGGCGACCGUGCGCGAUCCCGCGAACGCUGCCAAGACGAAGCCAUUGCUGGACCUUCCCGGAGCAACGGAGCGCCUGUCCAUAUGGAAAGCCGACCUGGCGGAGGAAGGCAGCUUCGACGACGCCAUCAGGGGCUGCACCGGCGUCUUCCACGUCGCCACGCCCUUGGACUUCGAGUCCCAAGACCCCGAGAACGAGGUGAUCAAGCCGGCGGUGGAAGGGGUGAUCAGCAUCUUGCGAGCCUGCAAGGAGGCCGCCGCCGCCGGCGGCGGCACCGUGCGCCGCGUCGUCUUCACUUCCUCCGCCGGGACGUGCAGCGUCGAGGAGCGGCAGAGGCCCGUCUACGGCGACGACGACUGGAGCGACGUCGAUUUCUGCCGUCGCGCCAAGAUGACCGGGUGGAUGUACUUCGUGUCCAAGACCCUGGCGGAGAAGGCGGCGCUGGCGUACGCGGCGGAGCACGGCGUGGACCUCGUCAGCAUCAUCCCGACGCUCGUCGUCGGCCCUUUCGUCAGCUCCGGCAUGCCGCCCAGCCUCGUCACCGCGCUGGCGCUCGUCACGGGGAACGAGGCACACUACUCGAUCCUGAAGCAGGUGCAGUUCGUCCACCUCGACGACCUCUGCGACGCCGAGAUCUUCCUCUUCGAGCACCCGGCCGCCGCCGCCGGACGCUACGUCUGCUCCUCGCACGAUGCCACCAUCCACGGCCUCGCCGCCAUGCUCAGGGAUAGGUACCCCGAGUACGACAUCCCGCAGAGGUUCCCUGGGAUCGAGGACGACCUCCAGCCAGUGCGCUUCUCGUCCAAGAAGCUCCUAGACCAUGGGUUCACUUUCAAGUACACGGCAAUGGAGGACAUGUUCGACGCAGCCAUCCGGACGUGCCGGGAGAAGGGCCUCAUCCCCCUCGCCACUGCCGGAGGCGGAGGGGACGACUCUGCCUCAGUGCGCGCACCUGGCGAGACGGAUGUGACGAUUGUUUGAGAAAAAUUUACAGCUCCCGCCGUCGAUGAUGCUAUCAGCUAUAUAUAUCCCUUCGAGCACCGCUGGCAAUGUGGGAAUUUACAAGUUCCAAACCAAUAUGCCCUACACGUACGGAGUAAAUAAAUUCGGUGUAGACCAGUUUGAUGUUUCGAUCAAUUCCAUUUCUUUCCUGCAUUAUUACGUGCUGUUUUAUACCGAAAUAAAUGUUUCUCAGCAUUUUACUGCAGUGUAGAGAUCCAAGCUCUGUAUGCAUGGUAUUGUUUUGGGUUAUUUGGCA